GGGAGGUAAACCCGCCUACAAAAUAAAAAUAUUUUUAAUGCAUCGGGUUUAAAUGAUUUUACAGUCAGCUUUAUAUAUAAGAAAAAUAUCAACGCGGUACUAGAGAGAGAAUUGCAACAAAUAGCAGUGCAAGGUGCCGUGUGGCUGCAAGGUUUCCAAAGGGGGCGUGAAUAGGCGUUGAUUUUCGUCAGAUGUUUAAAUAUGAAUGGGUUGGUCUACAGACGGGGACAGUUUUUUUGUAACUUCGAUUGGAUACAAAUUAGCAAUGUUCGCAUACAGGAACAAAAUACGAUGAACGGAACUAUAGCAGCAACGCAGCCGGAGGCUGAAGAGGCCGGAUAUGUCUGCUUUGCACCGUUAUUCUAGGGGGUUGAUCGCGCUCGGAUUUGGCACCGCCCUUCCUGACGGGAGGAUCCCCUAGUCAGGGAGAGAAACCUUAGCGGUCGGAGGAGCUACGCCACAGCCUAGCAGUAGCCAUUCGUGGAAAAAAAUAGGCCGUCCUUCUUCGGGCUUCAGCCAGCCUCUGAUUCCAUACCGUCCGGCCUUUUUUCUUAAACAACUCCUCUCCGAUCUUAUUAAUGCAGGAUGAGUGAUAAAAAGAAGGAAGCGAUGGCGACAUAUGAGGGGAAGGCGUCUGGCGGUGAUUAUGGCAAUAAAGGCAAAACUUCAGGUUCACAGGAUGCACAGCCGUCUCCCCUUGCGCUGCUCGCUGCCACAUGCAGCAAGAUCGGCGGCGAGGGGCAGCUUGCGGGACAGCAGCAGUUCAUCAUCGACCCGAACCAGGGGCUCGUCCAGCUCCAGAACCACCCGCAGCAGCUCGAACUCGUCUCUGCGCAGCUUGCGGGCGGCGGUUGGCAGAUAUUGGCCACGCCGCCCUCCGGGUCUAAGGAUAACGCUGCACUGAGCAGCGGCAGUAGCACCGCCGGCAGCAACGACGGGACCCCGGGCAGGAGAGUUAAAGCGGCCGGCCUGAGCAAUGCGCCGGCAGGACAACAGCAGUACCAAAUCUUCCAAGUUCAGAACAUGUCCAGUCCCACAGGCAGCAUUCAGUAUCAAGUAAUACCGCACAUUCAGACCGCAGAUGGCCAGCAGAUCCAGAUAAACACAGCGAACGCGGCCGCUGUGAACAUGCAGCCCGAUCAGAUUCAGCUCAUCCCCGCGGGAAAUAACCAAGUGAUCCUCGCUGCUCCGAACCGGGGCGCCACGGCCACUAACAUCGUCGCUCAAAACGCGGCGAGCGCUGCAGUUCCCCUUCAGAUUCGACCGGGGGUGUCUUUCCCUCUGCAGCUGCAGGCGAUUCAGGGCGCCCAGACUCAGAUGGUGACCACGCUGCCUAUCAACAUAGGCGGAGUCACGCUGGCACUGCCCGUGAUCAACGCUGUGGCGGCAGGGGGAGGGUCCGUCCAGUUGGCUCAGCCUACAGACGGCGGGGUUUCCAACGGUACUCAGCUGGUGUCCACGCCCAUCUCGGGCGUUGGUAGCACGGCGGCGGAAUCUACUACGACCACCUGUGCCGGGACUCCCAGCAGCGAUACGUCGGAUUUCAAUACGGUCCUUUCUGGUUCGGGUGCUGUCGUGCAGAAAGGCCAGCCCGCCGACGCGGAUGGUGCGGGUCAAAUUCAGACGAACGGGAUCCAGGCGGCGCAAGACCUGCCGGCUCAAAUCCAGCAGGUCCAGAUCGUGGGGCAGCCCGUGCUGCAGCAGAUCCAGGUCCACCAGCCCCAGCAACAGCUCGUCCAGGGUCUCCAACCACAGGCGAUCCAGUUGCAGCCGGGCCAGACCAUACAGACGCUCCCACAGCUGCAGGCACUGCAGAGCCCGGCGCAGGUGCUCAUUCGGGCCCCGACCUUAACCCCCUCCGGGCAGCUAAGUUGGCAGACGGUGCAGGUCCAGAGCAUCCCGCAGGUGCAGGCCGCCGGGGUCCCGCAGCAGCUGGCGCUGGCCCCGGUCACCUCCAACGCCGGCGGAGCCGCCUUUGCGCAGAUCGCCCCCAUCACCUUGAGCGGGACGCCGAUCACACUGAACGCGGCGCAGCUCAGCCCCGGACCCAACAUCCAGACCCUGAACAUCGCCAGUCUUGGAGCAGGGUUGCAAAUGCAGGGGGUGCCCGUUGCCAUCACAGGGGUGCAAGGACAGCAGCAGGGUCAGGGUGGGGUGAAGGUGCAGCCAACUCCAGUGACGGUCACUCUCGGUAGCAUCACCAGUGCGGCAGCCCUGAGCGCCGUCAGCCCCGACCAGACCUCGCGCGUCCAGAGCCCCGCCGAAGACGGGCAGCCCACCAAGAGGCUGCGGCGGGUGGCGUGUUCCUGUCCCAACUGCCGUGACGGCGAGAGCAGGAACAGCGAUCCGGGGAAGAAGAAGCAGCACGUGUGCCACAUGGAGGGCUGCGGGAAGGUGUACGGCAAGACGUCACACCUGCGGGCACACCUGCGCUGGCACACGGGCGAGCGGCCCUUCGUCUGCAACUGGAUCUUCUGCGGGAAGAGGUUCACCAGGAGCGACGAGCUGCAGCGGCACCGGCGGACGCACACGGGAGAGAAGCGGUUCGAGUGUCCCGAGUGCUGCAAGAGGUUCAUGCGGAGCGACCACCUAUCUAAGCACAUCAAGACGCACCAGAACAAGAAAGGUGGAACGGCGCUGGCCAUCGUCACCACGGAGGACAUGGAGGACACCGUCGACGACGUGCUGGCAUCGCCCAGGAUCGUCACCGUGGCGUCCCUGUCACAGGACUCCAACCCGGCCACGCCCACUGCGUCCAGCAGCAUGGAAGAGGAGUUUUAGCCCCGCCUUCGAACUUAAUGAGGUCCCUUGUUUUGUUUCAGGUCUGCGUAAAACGAUGUUGGUGGCUGUUGGGAUUUUCUAAACGAGUGUUCGGUGAAGUAGUCAUUUUAGAAAGAGCUACUGCAAAAAGAGUAUUUCUAUAUGACUGAAUUAAGCACAAAUAUGGGUAGACAGGGCCCCAGGUCACUGUAAAAUCUCUUGCAUAAAAAUACAAUAUUCGUCUCUAUGCACAAAAGAGCUGUUUCUGCUUGGGGUUCACAGUCAUUAUAGUGCGAACCGUGGUAUCUGAGUAGGUGGAUUUUUAUACACGUGGAGUGGUGCGUUUUCACGUAGUUUCGAGCUGGUCUAAGUAUGUGAGCUCGGAAACGGCGAUGGGAGUGCGGUGGAUGUUGGUCGGCAGGCCAGAGGGUCUCUCUUUACUUUAAGCCGUCGGCGUCCGUUUGAUUGGCAUUCAAGGCACCGCGUGCUGUUCCGGUUUCUUUGGUUCUGAAGCUUUUUGUAAAAAGUUCUGAUCCAGCAUACGUCUCGGUGACGAGGCACGCAGACUCCAUCUAAAUGGUUCUCUUUUAUUGAAGAGUUGGCUGCAAGCUUAAUUUCCUUUUGUUUAAGGAAAAAAAAAAAAGAACGAAUACCUUUUUAUGUACAGAAGCACACGUGAAUAAGUGAU